AUGACAAAACACCAGAUGGACGAGGAGCAGAACAAAAGCCUUUUCAGUAGAAAAGAGGAACUACUAAAAAGUGAAAACAUAAUGAAGAUCAUGAACGAAUCUAUGACAUACGUAGUGGAGGCUAGUAGGUAUAAACCCCUGUGUGAGAUAAAAAAGGAUCUUGAGUUAAUGAAAAAUAUAAUUCAUGGUGAUAUUAUUAAAAUAUUGAAUAAGAAUUAUGAAGAAUUUAUGUCUUUACCUUCUAAUUUAAAUAUAAUAGAAAAUAUUAUCCCAAUAUUAGAAAAAGAAAUAAGAAUUUCGAAAACGUAUGUUAAGAAAUUAUUAACAGAAAUUAAUGCAAUCAAUAAAAGUACACACGAUAUAUUAACUGACAAAAUUAAUAUUUUCUAUAUUAAAAAUAUAGUAAAGACAAAUAUAGAAAUAGAGCAAUUAAUAAGUAAAAUACAAAAAGAAAUUAAAAUAUAUGAACGGUCAGAAAAUUAUACCCUCUUAGUAAAUAUAGAGCGUAAAUUAUCUUCUUUUUCAGAUAAUAAUGAAAUGGUUAGAAAUUUUAUGGAGGAUAUAUGUAAAAAAAAUAAUUUUUAUUUAUUUUAUUAUUUAAGUCAAAGAAUUAUUAACUUAACAAAAGGAAUAUGGAAUAUAAAAGCAAUGUUAUAUAAUAAUUAUAAGAGGAUAUAUAAAGUAACACGUACAUUAGAAGGCUUAAAGGAGCUUAUUGAAAAAUAUGGCAUAUCAUCGAAAUGUGACAAAGAUAUAGUUGAAAUAACUAAAUAUUAUUCAUUCGAAUAUUUAAAUGAUAAUUUAAAAGGUCUUAUUAUGAAAGUACAAAAAUAUACAAAUCAGUUGUCAUAUAUAUUUCUCAGAAUGAUAAAAGAGGAUAUUAUAAAAAAUAUAAGGGAUGAUUUUAUUCUAAACCAGUGCACAAACUAUAUUUUAAACGCUUGUUAUAUGUUAGAUCAUUUUGACACAUUUAUCCAACAAUUCUAUGAAGUGUUCAUUAAGUACAUGGAGGACCAUACCUUCCAGUCAUAUGAGGAAUUUCUAUUGCACGUACGGGAGCAUCUUCUUGAAGACACAAAUAUUGUGGAAGUGAACAAACGUAUUGACAAGAUAGACGAAGGAGCUUUGUUCUGCUCAAAUGGAAUAGUAACAAAAUUGUUGGACCUUAUAAAGAGUAAAUAUUGUAAUAUUUUUUUACUAAAAUACUGUGAUGUAUUUAUUGAGAAUUAUAUAAAAACAGCGAAUUUUUUAAAUGAAAUAAAAAAAGAAAGGAAAAUAUAUGAACAGUUUGUACUUGAUGAAAUUAUAAAUAAUUUUUUAAAAAAUUUUGAAAGAGAAGCAUAUUCUCAAUAUAUCUUAAAUAUAUUAGAAAAUAAAAUAAAUGAAAAUUAUAAUUAUAUGAUAUUAUUUGAUAAAAAAUAUAUAUUUGACAAUAAUUCAUAUUGGUUAAAACAUACAAUUAAUUUAAUUAAAAUUUUUAAAAUUUUAUUUACAAGUAAAUAUUAUAUAUCCACAUGUUUACCAAAUUAUCUCUCAUUUAUUUUUAAACAUUUUAAAAAUUACAUAUCCAAUACUGAAAGCUUUUUAUUAUUUUUAGAAGAAAAUAAUAAUCAUAAAAACAUUACUACCAUUGAUAAAACAAAAUUUAAUUUUAGCCUAACAUUAACCUAUAAUAGUAUAGGCUUUUUUUUGUCUGAUUUUUUAUCACUGCGAAAUUUAUUUAAAACUAGCUGUAAAAUAAAAAAAUUUAUUAACCGUAAGAGUCCGACUUAUUUUGUUGUUCCAAAGAAAAUAGGAAAUGUACCUACAUGGAUUUUUACAAAAAUUAUUGCUUCUUAUGCUAAUGGUUAUUAUCAACAUGAUGAAAACAACAAAAAUUGUUCUUACUUGAGUAGUGAUCAUUUUGUUGUGUCCUCAUCUUCCUCCACGUCGUCCUCUGCAUCAGACUGGUGUGAAAAUAUGAACGAUAUCCUUAUGCAAGAAAAGUAUUUCUCGGACCUUAUGAAUCGUUGGAAUAGCAAUGAUACGAAGUUAAGCAAAAAGGAUGGGAGCAACUUACCAUAUGUUCAAGCUGCUAACAAAUUACUACAACAAGGAGAUGAGGAUGAAAAAGUACACCAAAAGAUGAAUGCGCAAAUGAGGGUACAGGUGUAUGAAGGGGCACGUGUACUCAUGCAUGAACGAAGCGGUGAUAGUAAUAUCGAUAGUCAUAGCGGUAGUGAUGAUGGAUGGGAUGUGAGUUGUAAUAGGAAGCACCCCCAUAGUAACCCCUAUAUGGAUAUUCAACAAAUAGAAUUGAAAAAUUCAAAUACUAAAUCACUCAACCGAGCCAAAAAAGGUAACAAUACUAGCUCUGCGUGCGCUGCUAAUAUUAUACCCAGUGUUGAACAAAACGAAGACAAAGAAUGCGAACAAAACAGCAGCCUACAGAAAUUAGGCAAGGACAAUAAAAAUACAUUAAAAGAAAAGAGGAAAAAAAUGAAGCUACAUUUACACAUAUAUCAAAAAAAUAGCAAAAGAAAAAUUAUACAUGAUAUAAACUGUAUAAACGGUUUUUUAAAAACCUUAUCCAAGAUUGUUCUAAAUACACAAAAAUCCUUUGAAGAAUAUUUCAUUAAUAAGAUGUUUGAAAUAUGCUCUAGUUUUUUGGUUUAUUUGCACUCCCUCUUGGCCAUUUACAAAAUGACUAAUAAGCGCGUUCCCGAGAAGCCGAGUGAGCAAGUGGACAAGGUUAUCCUCCCCCUUAUUUCUUUUAAGGCAUUUUAUGAGGACAUCAUAGCGGACGUCAUUGUUGAGGGGAUAAUAACAAAAAUCGUUGAUAAAAUAAAUGACUAUUUCCUUAAAGAAAUAAAAACCAUUAUUAACGUAAAAAUAGGGGAACAAAACGAGCGAAUUGUGAAAUUUAACUUGUGCAAUUUGUUGAAGGAUGAUGAAAUACCUUAUGAAGAAAAAAUACAAAGGCAAAUAUAUUUAGAUAUAUGUCAUUACGAAAAAAUAUGUAAUGAAAAUUUUAAAAUAAAUAAGGAAAACAAUAGUAGUAUGGGAACAUUAGUAAAUUAUUUUGUGUUAAAGGAGUAA